AUGGGCGAGCCUGAGAAUCACCAAGGCAAAUUGAAGAUGUCAGACUUUGAGGACUUGCGGGCGUUGUGGACACGAGUCUUCCGAAUGUCUCGAGAGCAACGGGAGGAUCUCUUUCAACCCAUCAAAUGGGAGUUCAUGACACUUGUGAUGCAUGAGAACGGUGAAGGCGAACGGAUUGAAAACCAAGAGAAUGGAAGAAAACUGGCUGAAAACCGCAGCACUGGGAUUCGGAAGUGCACCAUCCAGUGGCUUGAGAUUCUGGAGUUACUAUGGGAAGUUGAGGUGUGGAAACGAGGGAAAUUUGAAGAAAAGAUGGGGAAGGGUGACGAGAGGGACGUUGUGUAG